CUCAUGACGCAGAAUAGAACAGGCUUUAGUAUACUCUGAUGGAACAUCGGAAUAAUUGUUAGUUUAUUUCUUCUCGAGAUUAAUUACAAAGCAGUUUUUUUUUAAUUCGUGAAAAUGAAGAUCGUUCUUGGUAUUUUGUUCCUGUCGAUAGCAGUGUUUCUCAAUUCUAUUGAAUUAAGUUCCGAGGCCAGCCUGGUGCCUAUUGAUUCUAAUGGCAGUGAUCCUUCGUCUACUGUGCAUAAUCCUGCGCCUACUGUGCACAGCCCUGCGCCUACUGCGACUAGUCCCGCGAAUUCUCAUCAGAAUAAUCAGGCUCAUCAGCAUCCUGACCCUGCUCAGCAUGAUCAAAAUAUUAUCAGGAAUCCUGCUAUUUUUUUUUACGUAGAUGAAUUUGGGAAGCAUCGAAUAGAACCAGGACGUUAUACAGUAGGAAUUCAUGAUGAUCGUAUUCGUGGAAUUGUCAUUAAUGGUCGGCUUUGUCGUGUGCUUGGUUAUCUAGGCUAUGGUGUUGCAGUACAUUCAAGAACUGGCGUUCCUCAUAUGUUUGAUUUUCAGGAUAAUAUUACUUUUGGCCAGCGAGCUGAGCAUACUCCUGGAAUUUCUUUUCGAAUAGCUGUAAUUACUGAACGAUAUUUUAAGUAAGGGACUGUACUUGAAUUGCGUAACAGCCAAGGGGGGGGGGGCUUCCUUCUGCGAGGGCGUCCUUUACGGCAAGUGGCCAAAUUAUAUUUAAAUUUACACUUCAUACAUUCUGUGCAUUUUUAAAUAAUUGUUUAUUUCAAUUAUAGAAAUUCGAAAGAAUAUAACAACCA